AUGACGGAUAUUGCAUCUGUAUCACAAUUAUUGGCACAAUCGCUGUCACCGUCUACUGCAAAACUUGCAGAGGAGAGUUUAAGAAGCGUUGAAGAUCAACAGGGGUUUCCAUCCACACUUUUACACGUAGUGGCGGCCAAUGAUCUAGAUUCUUCUGUGAGAUUGGCAGGAUCACUCUAUUUCAAGAACUUGAUUAAAAGGAAGUGGAUUGAUGAAACAGGAGUUUAUCGACUUCAUCUAGAUGAUGUGAAGAUGAUUAAAGCAGAGAUUCUCUCACUUAUGAUUCAGCUGCCUGAUUCUCUUCAAAUCCAGAUUGGCGAGGCAGUCUCCCUCAUUGCGGAGUCGGAAUUUCCAGAGUUGUGGCCGGAGCUGAUAGAAGACCUUGUUGGAAAGCUAUCUCCGGAGAACAUGCACACCAAUAAGGGAGUUUUGAAAGUUGCUCAUUCAAUUUUUAAAAGAUGGAGGCCUCUGUUUGGUUCCAAUGAGCUCUACAUCGAAAUCAAUCUUGUUCUCUCACAAUUUGCCCAACCUUUUCUAGAGCUUCUAAAGAUGGUCGAUCAACUUAUCGACCAAAAUGCCUCAAACAAAGAGAAUCUCAAACUUUUGUUUGAUAACCUGUUGUUGUUGGUCAAAAUUUAUUACGAUUUAAAUUGUCAGGACAUUCCAGAGUUUUUUGAAGACCAUCUCCAAGAAGGUAUGGCGGUCAUACACAAAUACUUGAAAUACUCAAAUCCAUUACUUGAAGACUCCAAUGAAACUGAAGAGAUAGAUAUUAUUACUCAAGUGAAAACAAGCUGUUGCGAACUAAUCCAAUUAUACACUACAAGAUACCAAGAGGAGCUGGGAAGUAUUAUUACGGAGUUCAUCAGAACAAUAUGGGAUCUACUUAGCUCCAUUGGUAUACAGCCAAAAUAUGAUAUCUUAGCUUCAAAAGCUCUACAGUUUCUCACCAUCAUUGCUUCUUUGGAACAAUACAAUAGCACGUUGAAAUCAGAAGAAGCAUUGAAAGAAAUCACUGAAAAAAUCAUUUUACCAAACGUGAGGUUAAGGGAGUCAGAUGAGGAACUGUUUGAGGACGACCCGAUUGAGUACACUAGAAGGGACCUUGAGGGUUCUGACUCCGACACAAGAAGAAGAGCUUCCACAGAUUUUUUGAGAGCUUUAAAAGAGAACAAGGAGCAAGAUGUUACUCAAGUGGUUAUGAAUUACGUUAAUCAUUACUUGGCUGGCUUUCAGUCCCAUUCCACAGACUGGAAGUCCAAAGACCUGGCAAUAUGUUUGUUCAGUUCAAUUGCUGCAAAGGGAUCCAUUACAAAUGCAGGUAUAACUUCUACCAAUUUGUUGGUGGAUGUAGUUGAUUUUUUUUCACAGUACGUGGCUCAAGAUUUGGUCAAUCAGGUCUCUCAUCCAAUUUUGAAGGUUGACGCAAUUAAAUACAUUUUCACCUUUAGAAACCAGCUUACAAAACAACAGCUGAUCGAAGCAUUUCCACUUUUAUCUUCACACUUCCAAGACGACAAUUAUGUGGUGUAUACCUACGCUGCUAUCACCAUUGAAAAGAUAUUGUCUUUGAGAAACCCUUCGAGUCAUCAGCAGUUGCUUUUCAGCAAAACUGACAUACCAGCGCCUGUAUUUAAUGAUCUUUUGACUAAUUUGUUCAGACUUAUGUUCGGGAAAGGAGAGUCCCCAGAGAAACUAGCAGAGAACGAGUUUCUGAUGAAAUGCGUGAUGAGAAUUCUUCUCACCGCGGAAGACUCUCUGAGCGAGAGGGCCCCACAGCUCUUACAGCAGCUCAUGAAAAUUGUCGAAAUUAUUGGGAAGAAUCCAUCGAAUCCGAAAUUUUCACACUACACAUUUGAAUCAAUCUGCGUACUUAUACGUUACAACAACAAUCAGAUCAUUGAGAUAUUUGAGCUGAUUAAGCCUUGCAUGCUCUCAAUAUUAGCUCAGGACAUCCAUGAGUUUAUUCCAUAUGCAUUUCAAAUUCUCUCAUACUGUUUGGAAGUUUAUCCAAACUCUUCUGAGAUGCCAUCUGAAUACGAACAAUUAAUUAAGCCCCUGUGUUCCCCAGCUGUUUGGGAGUUAAGAGCCAACAUUCCGGCAAUUGAAAGGUUACUGGCAGCGAUUAUCAAAUUCCAACCUUCAUUGUUUACAUCCGCCGCAAGUUUAACUCCGAUUUUAGGAGUCUUCCAAAAGCUCGUGUCUUCGAAAUUGAACGACCAUUUGGGUUUCGACUUCUUGGAAACCAUCCUACUAAGCGUUGAUAUGUCUUGUCUAGAACCAUUUUUAAAGGAAGUGGCGAUGAUAUUGCUUUCACGUUUACAGACGGUUCGAACGGAUAAAUAUGUCAAGAGAUUUAUUGUCUUUUUGAGCUCCAUUGCUGCUUUGCCGACGUCAAGUGACCCUCACCUGAAGAAAAACGGGCUCAAUUCGUCUUUUGUCAUCAAUUUCAUAGAAAGCGUUCAAUCUGGUGUGUUUCAACAGAUCCUUCUCAGUGUCAUCAUCCCUACAAUUGAGUCAUUCAAUAAUUUGCUUGAUAAAAAAAUCUUGAUAGUAGGCCUGACAAACCUGAUUACCGAGAACGCCCAAACUAUAGGCCAAGAUGCCUUUAAGCUUGUGCUGUCUAAGCUGCUGAAGAUAACCGCAUCUGAUAGCAUCAAAAACUACAAAAAUUUCAAUGAAAAUGUUGAACUUUUGCUUGAGUUGGAAAGUGAUGAGCUUUCAUUCGGAUCCAGCUUCAAUAAACUAAAUACUAUCCAGCAAAAGCCUUUUGAUCCAGUCAAAGAAAUAAGUUCAAAGGAAAUGAUAUCAGCAUAUCUUCAGACAAAACUUGCGUCAUUUCCAAACAUUCAAAAUGUUCUUCUAAAUCUUGAUCAGCCAGAGCAGGAACUUGCAAGAAGCUUGGGAAUUGUAUAA